AGGUAUAGAUGGCAUUAUUAUUAGGAAUUCUCAAUCUCUCGGCUCUUCUCAUAUCAGCGUUUGCGGAAUACAGUUUAAAUCUGCACGAUCCGGCCACGACCCUGACCUACAACUACGACAGUCCUUUAAACUAUACAGAUGCUCUGGUGAAGGUCAAGUUAAACUUGGACUACAGCUAUUACAAUAAUCUCUUCUCGACAGGAGAUGGAGCACCUAUCGACAUCAUAACAGUGAGAUCGCCCAGUGGACCUAACGAUCUGUUCGACUACAUGGCGUUCCAGCUGAUGGCUAGUGGUAUGCCAGAUGGACCUCCCCUGCUCAUGGUCAUCAUUAGUUCCCCAUUAUCCUCACAAGACUUCAGUGCUACCACAUUUUGUAUCGGCAUGUCUCCGUAUGACUUCUCAGACAAGCUCAUCACGGUUGAUAAGACAGGCCAGAGGUUCACACUUGAUAUAGAGGGACUUGAACAGAGUGAAUCCAACUACUACUGUCAAAACUACCUGAUCGGAAAGAGUGGUUCAGGACGAAUGGACCUGUCAACAGUGAUGAUAGGACCCCACCUGAAGGGAUGUGUCUCCCUUCUCUCCUUCCCCGGUGUGGACCUCCUUCCGGCUGAUGACUGUGGGUUCCCUGUUGAGCACCUCUCAGGAGAUGCUGUCUACUUCGAGGGGGUGUGCUCAGGUGAUAUUCCUGAUACUAGUGUAGUGUGCCCCACUACCCCGCCUCCUACUACUAAACCAGCCACAACUAAACCUCCCACUACUAAAGUUCCCACUACUAAAGUUCCAACUACUAAAGCUGCCACCACUAGAGCCCCCACCACUCCUCUCCCUAAGAUCGAGACUACCCAACCUGUGGAGCCCACUGAUAAGGAGACCACGCCCACAGAGAAGCUGCCUCAGCCAGUAACCGACCCUAAGGUAGAAACAGAUCCUCCAGUAGUCACUGAUGAACCUACAACAGAUAAACCUGAAACUGUUAAACCCGAUCCCACGACAGCUGUUCCUAUAGAGGUUAUUGAUAACGAGACGGAGGGUGAAGAAGGUGAAGACGAUUAUAACAUUAACACUGUUGAUGUGACGGACACUGAGGCUGCUACCGGAGACGAUGAGAACAACAACUCCGUAGUGAUCAUCAUCUGUGUCGUGUCUGCGGGAAUCGUCGUCAUUGUCGUCCUGCUGUACGUGGGGUACCGGUUCCACUUCAGAGAUAAGGGCAGCUAUAAACUAGAGGAAACAAAGGAAACAUCCCCUAAUGGCGAGGACUUUGGUAAUGAAUACACGGACUUGAACCCAACGUCAAAGGAUCAGGAGUGGUAUUUGUAGAGAUGAUUGAAACUAUCUAGGUAAAACUGUACGCCAAUCCUAGGAAUACGCUUGUAAAUUGGGGAGAUGAGAAAGAUGAUGAUUUGUAAGAAAAGAUCACAGCUGCUGGCAGAAAGUACCGGAUUCCCGAAUUAAAAGUCAGAUCAACAUAAGACAAUGUAUAUUAUGCGUAUUUGUUUGAGGCUGUCUCGCGGGGAUCUGUCUUUAGUGAAAAUAAAAGAAGAUAUUAUUGUGAAUAAAACCAUUUCCGAAUCAUCAAGACUGUAGCUCUCAUUAUCACUAUUAUAAUGGAAUUCAGGUUAAGAGACUGGUAACUUGUUAGUAACUUGUUAGUAACUUGUUGGUAACUUGUUAGUAACUUGUUGUUAUUCAAUUUGAACGGUUUGUUUUGUUUCAGGGCUAUCAGGCCGGGUGUCUGAAACACAAUAAUGUUAUGAUUGAUUUAAACAACAUUAUUUUGCGACGCUUUUAUUUGUAGUAAGAUUAUUGACUUUGAAUUUGAACUAAUUGUUGUCCUAACUUCUGCAGUUAUUAGUUAUUUCAUAUUUGAUGAGUAAUAUUGUUCCUUAUAAUAGUACAUAGUAUGAUGCUUAUGAUACAAACCGCAACUAUAAUUGUCACAACCUUUCAAUAGAUAUAAGUUUCUCAAAUUGCCAUUUGAUUAUGGCAUUCUCUAUUAGGUGUCUGACUGACAGUUAGGGUGUCAGUAUUAUAGGAUUUGUUAGACAACUUCCCUGUGUCAGUCAGACCCAAUUUCAAAUGCGUACACUUAGAAAAUAGUUGGAUAUCAGUUUGUAAAUUUAAAUAUAGAGCACCGAUAUAUUAUGUUGAAUGUAAAAUACACAAUAGCAUUGAAUUUUGCGUUGAUUCUCCCGUUCCAAAUCGUAAUUAUCGAUUCUUUAGACGAAUUUUUCUAUUUCAAACAGCGAGAGAAUACACGCACUUUUCAGUUUUAUUAAUUAUCAGAAAUGCUCAAAACGAAUGUAAAUGCUGGCCGUAUUUUAUAAUGAUUUUAUGGUUAAUUUCUUAUUCAUACUCGAAUUUUAAGUUUUACAACCAGUUUCCCUUUUACUAUCUGCUUAUCUAAAGAGCACUGGUUCAGAUCCAUGAUAUUACUCCAGUCAGAAACAAUUUUGAUCAAUUUCACGCAGCUAUUAAUUUUACUGCUGAGUUAAGUAAACACUGAAAAUACUUUAUAAUAUUAAGCUUUCAAGGUUUUUGUUCAGAUCCAUUCCAUUUUAUAGCAUUUUCCUUUAGUUUCUUAUAAAAUUUAGUUGAAAACCCCUUUAGAUUAAACUUAAACUGACAGAAUUCGAUGAUAAAACAUAUUUUAUCCAGAGACUGAUGUUUUAACUUGAAAGAUGUUCGAUCGAGUAACGAACAUUUCGCUAUGAUAAACUGAUAAACUUCAAGUUUUUAUAAUACAUUAUUUAAUGAGAA